AUGGGAGAAGGGGAUGGAAUCAGGGAGAAGGGGAUGGAAUCUGGGAGAAGGGGAUGGAAUCUGGGAGAAGGGGAUGGAAUCUGGGAGAAGGGGAUGGAAUCUGGGAGAAGGGGAUGGAAUCUGGGAGAAGGGGAUGGAAUCUGGGAGAAGGGGGUGGAAUCUGGGAGAAGGGGAUGGAAUCUAGGAGAAGGGGAUGGAAUAUGGGAGAAGGGAAUGGAAUCUGGGAGAAGGGGAUGGAAUCUGCGAGAAGGGGAUGGAAUCUGGGAGAAGGGGAUGGAAUCUGGGAGAAGGGGAUGGAAUCUAGGAGAAGGGGAUGGAAUCAGGGAGAAGGGGAUGGAAUCUAGGAGAAGGGGGUGGAAUCUGGGAGAAGGGGGUGGAAUCUGGGAGAAGGGGAUGGAAUCUGGAAGAAGGGGAUGGAAUCUGGGAGAAGGGGAUGGAAUAUGGGAGAAGGGGAUGGUAUCUGGGAGAAGGGGAUGGAAUCGCGGAGAAGGGGAUCGAAUGAGGGAGAAGGGGAUGGAAUGUGGGAGAAGGGGAUGGAAUCUGGGAGAAGGGGAUGGAAUCCGGGAGAAGGGGAUGAAAUCUGGGAGAAGGGGGUGGAUUCUGGGAGAAGGAGAAGGGGAUGGAAUCUGGAAGAAGGGGAUGGAAUCUGGGAGAAGGGGGUGGAAUCUUGGAGAAGGGGAUGGAAUAUGGGAGAAGGGGAUAGAAUCUGGGAGAAGGGGAUGGAAUCUGGGAGAAGAAAGAUGGAACCUGGGAGAAGGGGAUGGAAUCUGGGAGAAAGGGAUGGAAUAUGGGAGAAGGGGAUGGAAUAUGGGAGAAGGGGAUGGAAUCUGGGAGAAGGGGAUGGAAUCUGGGAGAAGGGGGUGGAAUCAGGGAGAAGGGGAUGAAAUCUGGGAGAAGGGGAUGGAAUCUGGGAGAAGGGGAUGGAAUAUGGGAGAAGGGGAUGGAAUCUGGGAGAAGGGGAUGGAAUCUGGGAGAAGGGGAUGGAAUCAGGGAGAAGAGGAUGGAAUAUGGGAGAAGGGGGUGGAAUCUGGGAGAAGGGGGUGGAAUCUGGGAGAAGGGGAUGGAAUCUGGGAGAAUGGGGAUGGAAUCUGGGAGAAGGGGAUGGAAUCUGGGAGUAGGGGAUGGAAUCUGGGAGAAGGGGAUGGAAUCUGGGAGAAGGGGAUAGAAUAUGGGAGAAGGGGAUGGAAUCGGGGAGAAGGGGAUGGAAUCUGGGAGAAUGGGAUGGAAUCUCGGAGAAGGGGAUGGAAUCUGGGAGAAGGGGAUGGAUUCUAG